GAAGCAAGAAGAGGAGCACGAAGACUGGUCAUCUCCAAAACCAAUGUCACAACAAAAAUAAAUUAUUAGAUUGCCGAAAUAUGAAUCGCUUCGCCUACGUUGAGGCCCGCUUGAGUCCCAACGAAUCCUUCGUCAGCCGCGACAACAAGGUGAAAAUCUACGAUGGCGACCAGAAGACGGAGUUCGAGGAGGGCGAAGUGGUGCUCACCACACAUCGACUGUUCUGGGGUCGUCCUGGCGAAAUAGCCCGGGCCGCCGUCACCCUCUGCCUGCCACUCAGCUAUGUGAUCUCGCUCAGCGAGGAGACGACUGCCUCCAACUUCUUUGGCCGCAAGACCCGCAUCAUCAUGCACCUGCGUCCGCCGUCGCCGGACAAGGGACCCGGCCCGCUGGACACCAGUCGCGCCACCCACAUCAAGCUGUCCGGCAAGAACGGCCUGAGCGUGGAGUUCCACAGUGCGCUGCGCGAGACCCUGAACGCGCGCGUCUGGGAAAUCAUGCUGACCAGCGAGACAACCGUCAAUGGGCUGGCCAGCAGUCCCACAUCGGAGCCUGCCAACGAUAGGCUGGCUCGCAUUCAGAAGCGAACCGGAAUCGGCGGCAUUGAGCGGCACCUGGAGGCCAAGGCCAAGGCCACGGAUGAGAACAUUGCCCUGGCCUUUCAGGAUCUCAGCGUGCUGAUGGCCAUGGCCAAGGAUAUGGUGGCCGUGUCCAAGACCAUAAGCAGCAAGAUACGCGAGCAGAAGGGCGAGAUAUCCGACGAUGAGACGGUGCGUUUCAAAUCCUACCUCAUGAGCCUGGGCAUCGAUGAUCCCGUGACGCGGGACAACUUCACCAGCAACUCUGCCUACUUCAGCAGUUUGGCCCGCCAGAUUUGCGAGAUGCUGCUAGAUCCGCUCGAGGAGCAAGGCGGCAUGAUGUCCUUGGCCGACGUCUACUGCCGUGUGAAUCGGGCCCGAGGCUUGGAGCUGCUCUCGCCCGAGGAUUUGCUGCACGCCUGCGAGCAGCUCAGUGGUCCCAUACGCCUGCGCAGCUUUCCCAGCGGCGCCAGGGUGCUGCAACUGGAGUCCCAUGAUGAUGAACUGAUUGCUGUGGACACGCUUGAGCAGGUGGAGUCCGCCGAGUCUCUGGCCGUCGAGGAGCUGGCCAAGCAGCUGGGAAUAUCGCUCUUGCUGGCCAAGGAGCGGCUGCUAGUGGCCGAGCGGCUGGGCAAGGUGUGCCGCGACGAAUCCGUGGAAGGUCUGCGUUUCUACCCCAAUCGCCUGCUGAACCGCGACUAAUUUAACUGUGAAUGUAUUGUUACUAGCUAUGCUUAACUAAAAAUUAUUACUUUUUGUCUAAA